AUGGCGGCGGCGCUCGGCGGCUCGUGGCUCUUUCGCGGCAAAAAGGAUUUGGCGCGUAAAAGUGGCCCGGACUUUGCAGGCAGCGGCAGCCGGGGGCGGAGCGGGAUCGAGCCCUCGCGGGGCCUGCCACCAUGGGCCCGCGCCGCCGCCGCCGCCUGCCACCGGGGCCGCGCUUCAUGGCCCCACUCCCCAUUACUGGGCGUCCUCCCAUUGUGCCUGCUGCAGGUGAAGCGGCGGCUGGACCUGGAAACUGACCAUCAGUACCUGGCUGAGAGCAGUGGGCCAGUUUGGGGCAGAGGCCGCCACCUGGGAAAAGGUGUGAAAUCCCCGGGGGAGAAGUCACGCUAUGAGACAUCACUGAAUCUGACCACCAAACGCUUCCUUGAGUUGCUGAGCCGCUCAGCUGAUGGUGUUGUAGAUCUGAACUGGGCAGCUGAGGUGCUGAAGGUGCAGAAACGGCGCAUCUAUGAUAUCACCAACGUCCUAGAGGGCAUCCAGCUCAUUGCCAAGAAGUCCAAGAACCACAUCCAGUGGCUGGGCAGCCAGACUCCAGUGGGGAUCAGCGGGCGGCUUGAAGGGCUGACCCAGGACCUCCGGCAGCUGCAGGAGAGCGAGCAGCACCUGGACCACCUGAUGCGCCUUUGCACCGCCCAGCUGCAGCUCCUCUCCGAGGACUCUGACAGCCAGCGCCUGGCCUAUGUGACCUGCCAGGACCUUCGUAGCAUCGCAGACCCUGCAGAGCAGAUGGUCAUGGUGAUCAAGGCCCCUCCAGAGACCCAGCUGCAAGCUGUGGAUUCUUCAGAGACCUUUCAGAUCUCCCUUAAGAGCAAACAAGGCCCCAUCGAUGUCUUCCUGUGCCCUGAGGAGAGUGCAGGUGGAGCCAGCCCUGUAGAGCCCUUGUCCCAGGAGGCAGCUUCUGGGGAGCAGGACAGGACAAGUGGUGUUGUCACCCCAGUGCCACCAUCAUCAUCCCCCCCCUCAUCCCCAGCCACGGAUCCCAGCCAGUCCCUGCUUAGCCUGGAGCAAGAGCCACUGCUGUCACGGAUGAGCGGCCUGCGGGCCCCUUUGGAUGAGGACCACCUGUCCCCGCUGGUCGCUGCUGACUCACUCCUGGAGCAUGUGCGGGAGGACUUUCCUGGACUCCUUUCUGAGGAGUUCAUCAGUCUCUCCCCGCCUGAGGAGGCCCUCGACUAUCAUUUUGGCCUUGAGGAGGGUGAGGGCAUCAGAGAUCUCUUUGAUUGUGACUUUGGGGAUCUGACUCCCCUGGAUUUCUGAGGGGCCCUGAUGGGACAGGGUCUCCUGAGAUACCCACCCUGUCUCUGCAGCCCUGGAGCCCUCUGCCCCAAGCCAACCUUCAACCUAAUUAGAAAAUGUAAAAUUAUAUCUUCUUUCUCCAGUAGCUUCUAGCUCUGGGGUCUGGCUGCUGCCCAGAGGUCAAAGAAGCUAGGAGGGAAAGACUUGUGUUUGUGGUGUGUACAUACAUGCACCCAGUACCCCACACUUGUGUACCCAGGGUGUGUGGUGUGUGCACAUGUAUGCGCGCAUGUUCCGGGGAAUGAAGGUGAACACGUCUGUGCGUGCACUGCAGACACGCCCUGGUGUGUCCACAUGUGUGCAUGAGUUCAUGUGUGUACAUGGGGGGGCUCUGACUGCACUUUCGGUUUCCUUGCUCCAGGGGCCCAGUGAACCCCGGGCUGCCGCCUGCCCAGAAUCCUGUGCACUGACCAGGCCAGGUGGGGUGGCCUAGGCUGGCUGGGCAGGACAGUGAGAGCACUUCUGUUUUAAAAGUUUUUCUGAUUGAAGCUUUAACAGAGCGUUAUUUAUUUAUCGAGGCUUUUUUGGCCAGCUUGGGGAGCAAAAGGUGGGAGGAGUGUGGUGCUGAGACUCCCACUCCCUAUACCCCUGAACAAGGCAGGGGUCCCUCAGCUGUUCUUUUGCCUGACCCCAAAGAAGCUAAUGCCUGACUGAUUUAUUUAUUGGGAAAGGGAGGGAGGAGACAGACUGACAGCCAUGGGUGGAUGGAGGGGUCGUCCCUUCCCAGAGGGUCACUUCAGGGCCCCAGCUGCUCCUACGAUGGACAUGAGAUGGAAGAGGUGAGUAGGGACCUUCACAGACAGGGUGGGCAGCAGGGGCCCCUCCUGUGGUGUUUGAAGCCACCCCCCAACUUGUUGCUCUGCCCUACCCUCCAAUCUGC